AUGAUGAAGAUGGAGUCCCUUUCAGUUCUUUUACUGUCUCUGGCUGUAUUUUCGACGGUUCGCCUUUCUCAAGCCACCUCCGCGUCUAAGCUACCAGGAAUGUUAUUUCCUAGGGACUCUGAAAGUCGGCAAGUCAAGGAUUUGAGUGGAUUCUGGAACUUCCGGGCUGAUAUGUCAGCAAACAGAAACGCCGGCUUUGAGCAACAGUGGUAUGCUAAACCUCUUUGGGAGGUAGGAUUAUAAUGGCUCAAUUUAUAAAAAUCAUUAAAACUGUUCAGAUAGUUGGAACCAAAAGCUGCGCCUUUUCAUUUCGCACAUUUAGAAUUCUCUAAACAACGUAGCUCUGAUUUGCGUGGAAUGUGUAUUUGUAUGGGUAAUAGCAUGAUUUGUAAUGAUAUUUGGCAUAAAUACCACGGGUGAUAUUUCGAGAUUGUCAGAGGUAACUUCACGAGCCGUUAGGCGAGGAAAAAUUGAGAUAAUUUUGAAAUAUCACGAGUGGUAUUUAUGCCAAAUAUCACGUACAAAUCAUGCUAUUAUUUGCUUAUACUACUACCCGCAAAGGUUUGUAAUUUUCACUUGUAGGUAUUUCAAAUUAAGCUGAAAUACCGCUGCUCUAAGCCAAUCAAAUUGCAGAAAUUUCUCAUUUAGUAGUUUAAAAAUAAUUAAAACUGAUCAUGACUAAGCUUAAAUCAUAAAGGAUGGAAAAUGUCACAUGAUGAAGUAAGACAAACUCAAUAAAUGCUGUCAGGAUUUGGUUUUCACCUAGGCUUAUAUAAUUUGUAGCAAAAUGUGCAAACUUGUUCUUUUGUUUGUUAAACCUAUUGCUUUUUGCACAUUCCUGUUGCCAUAGCCAUUUUGAUUGCUCCUUACUCCCAAUAUUAUGUCAUAUUUUUGCAUUUUUUUUUAUGCAUUCUUGAACAUUAUCUUUUUAACAUCAAUAUUUAUAUAACCUUUUUUGUGAGAGUGUAUAUGUGACAGGUCAAAUUGGAUUUCAGGUUAAAUUUGAUUUAACCUUGUUUGAUUCUCAAUUCCUUUGUCACCUAGCCCUAAGAGACAAAGGAAAUUGAGAAUCAACCCAGGUUAAAAUAAGUUAACCUGUAAUCAAAUUUGACCUGUAACAUAUAUAUUAAUGCACAUAUGAACUUUCAAAUGGCCAUAUCCUUCAUACACACACUCAUAGAAUACAAUGUGUACAGUUUAUAAAGGUGAAAUUUUCCUUCAAAACAGAUGGAGGAAGGAGAAAAUCUAUUUUGAGAAGAAGAUAUUGGAGCCCUCCUAGGAGGCUAGGUACAUUCCUAGUCUGAAUUUCACGUAUUAAGGAGCUAGCCAUGUUCUUGUCUGUAUAUUACUAUUGUAUUUGGGAUUGGAUAAAUAUUGUGUGUUCAAAUGCCCCUAAAUAAACAUGCUUACAGACAAGAGCACCAGUCGACAAGACAACAAUAGUCAACUACACUCAUACAUGUUCAUGUUUCCUCCUUUUAGACUGGUGAAGUCAUCCAUAUGCCAGUACCAUCAAGCUACAAUGACAUUACCCAAGAACGUAACUUAAGAGACUUCAUUGGCUGGGUCUGGUAUGACAAGGAGGUUUUUGCUCCUAAGGCAUGGAAGUCAGAUCUUAUCAGGGUUGUUCUCCGUUUUGAGAGUGCCCAUUACAACACUGUUGUGGUAAGUUUUUAUGACAAUGACUUCAUCAUAUAAUUUAAAUCUCUAUCACUCAUAUUUGGCUGCCUCUUUUUAGUUUAGAAUGGUAUCUUUUAGGGUUCAAACAAAGCUUGAGUUACAACAGAUUAUGGUUUUCUCGGGGGUUUCUUUUCCUGAGUAUCAUGUGAAGAAUUGAAGAUAACAGCUUCCAAGAUCAGCAUAAUUCUUCACAUCAUGCAAAAUGCGAAUUCAAUAAAANAGAGACUUCAUUGGCUGGGUCUGGUAUGACAAGGAGGUUUUUGCUCCUAAGGCAUGGAAGUCAGAUCUUAUCAGGGUUGUUCUCCGUUUUGAGAGUGCCCAUUACAACACUGUUGUGGUAAGUUUUUAUGACAAUGACUUCAUCAUAUAAUUUAAAUCUCUAUCACUCAUAUUUGGCUGCCUCUUUUUAGUUUAGAAUGGUAUCUUUUAGGGUUCAAACAAAGCUUGAGUUACAACAGAUUAUGGUUUUCUCGGGGGUUUCUUUUCCUGAGUAUCAUGUGAAGAAUUGAAGAUAACAGCUUCCAAGAUCAGCAUAAUUCUUCACAUCAUGCAAAAUGCGAAUUCAAUAAAAUUGUUGUAUUAUUCCUUCAAAAUAUUUCCAGGUUCUUAUUUUAACAAGCCUACCUCCUCUUAGAUUUUCUUCAAAGCAUGUGCAUUAUUUCACGGGGCAAAGUUUCAAGAUAUAAACAGAUGUUUUUUUGCUUGUAGAUUUAUAGUGCUCAAAAAGUAGGUAAUAUCCAUCGAGCAAUACGGUUUGCGUAUUCUUGCAUUUCUUCUGUUCAGUUUUAGUCAGAAAUUCAGCUAUUUUGUUUGUCAGAUAGCCAUAAAUGCCACUUUUUUGUCUUUCACUCCUGGAUAAACGGCUACGUGGCCACACUUAGAAGUGAGGUUAUAAAAUGGUAUAAAAUUAACCCAAACAGCCUUGUUUCCAGUCUAACAUACCAUCUGUCAAUGCUGUUUGGUUAUGAAGAAUAAGCCAGGAGAUUUAAGGCAAUCAGAAACGUCGAAAUAUUUUGAGUGAAUAAUACCAACUUCUAUUUUAUGGUGUGAACAAGAGAACUUCUUUUUUCUUUGAUUAGUGGCUGAAUGGAAAAGAAGUGAUGACUCAUUCUGGAGGCCACUUGCCAUUUGAAGCUGAUGUAACAUCACUGUUGUCCUAUGAUAAAGUCAACAGAAUUACAGCAGCGGUCAAUAACACACUGACACCUUCCACCCUCCCCCCUGGGGCAAUCAAAUAUCUCACAGGGGACAGGUGAGUACAAAGGGGCUUAAAAAUCAAUCAGGUUACAGGAGUUCCCAAAAGGGUGCUUGUGAUUGUUAAAACAUGUCCAGAUUGAAAUUUCAUUCAAUAUUCAUAAACAUUCAGCACAUGAUAACUUGAUCUGUUGGUGAUGUGGCUACAAAAUGUAAGCAAAUAAACUGAUACGACUAUGAAGAGUAGAAGGAAUGCAUCACCUGACAUCAAGUGACAGGAUAGAAGUUCUAGUGUCCCUUUGUAAAUGGCAAGUUGUCCUGCUUAUUAUUACUGACAGAGGCUUGUUGGAAUUGCAAGGUUGUUGUUCAGUGUUGGUAAUUUUUAUUUUUACUGGUCUACAAAAUAUUUUUUUUUACCAGUGCAUGCAUAAUUUGUAAACUUCUGUUAAAAACAUGUUUAAUACAAAGGUACAGAGGUUUACACCUAUAUCUAAAAAAAUAUCUCACAUCAGAUACUCCAUUUUAGAUAAGGAGUACUAAAUCAGGAUUGCAUUGGACAGCAUAUACAUAAAUAAAUAGGUUUUUUAGAGAAGUUCUCUAUGCACAUAGCAGGAUUUGGAUUUAAACUUUAUUUGUAAAUUCAAAAUCCUUUUUGUUUUCAGGUAUCCUCCAGGAUAUUUUGUUCAAGAAUUUACCUUUGAUUUCUUCAAUUAUGCUGGGAUUCACCGCCCUGUCAAACUUUACACCACUCCCGCAGUAUACUUAUCUGACAUCACAAUAACAACAAGCCAUUCUAAUGAGGAGGGCAUAGUCAACUUUCACUCAACGGUAUCCUCAUCUGCAGGCCCUGUGAAUGUAUCGAUGAAGUAUGAAAUUAUUGAUAAGGCUGGAACUGUGGUUGCAUCUGCAGAAGGUCCAGACAUGCUUGACGGAAAAUUGAUGGUUAAAAAUCCAGAGCUUUGGUGGCCUGUUGGAAUGAGUGACCAACCUGCAUAUCUCUACUCAUUAAAGGUACUGAAGAUUUUAACUGUAUUUGUCCUCUUGGCUCAUCAAACUGUAAUACUAUACAAUGUAAUGAAUGUUCAUGUUAAUGAUCUGAUCGUAUUUGGUGAAAUGUACAUUGUGUUCUGUGUUGCAAAAUAGAGGACAUUAUAUGGCUGAAAAAAUGAGUGAAAAAUUUUUCAACACGAGAGGGGAAAAUGUGUCUUUUAACAUAGCAAUUUAAGGUGGUAGGUUUAAGUUACCAUAUACUGCAAGUGUAAGAAAUAACUUCUGCAAAAAUACUUAAAUGGAAACGUAGACCAUUUUAAUGGCAUGCAGCUAUCAAACUCAUGCUUAUUUUGGAAUGAGAGUUUGUAACUUCAUAAAAUAUAUUCAAUGAGAUUGUUUUCCUUAGAAUAAAAGUUUGUUUUUUGUGAUGUAUUUUGUUAGGUUACAACUCAUGCAGUUUCACCAGAAUCAGAGGAUGUCUACCGCCUGCCUGUGGGUAUUAGAUCAGUGGAGGUGAAGGGAAUGAAGUUUCUCAUCAACAAUGAGCCAUUCUACUUUAAAGGAUUUGGCAAGCAUGAAGAUGCUGAUGUGAGUACCAGUUGUACAUGGAGGGAAUCGACUUUUAUAAUAACACCAGUCCCAUAGAGUAUAUGAAUAAUUAUCUCUAGAUUUGAGCAGCAAUAGUCUAAAUAAACUAAAAUAAUUUAUUUUGUAUCACAGAUUCGUGGCAAGGGUAUGGACUAUGCUAUCAUUGCUAAAGACUUCAAUUUGAUUAAAUGGCUUGGAGCAAACUGUUUCAGAACCAGUCACUAUCCUUAUGCUGAUGAAAUCAUGGACAUGGCAGAUCAGCAGGGAAUUGUUGUCAUUGAUGAAAGCCCCGGAGUUGGGAUUAACAGGUAUGUGAUUAGUCAGAAAUAAGUUAUUAGCUGAUUUGUAAUAUUAAUAGUUGUUAAUUUAAUUGUCCAUUUCUAAUUAUUAUUUCUUCCAAGUGUCAGAAUUGUUUACAGUUAUUCAAAAGAAAUCUAUUGCCACACUUUUACCAUAACCUACACAAUUCAUUUCUUAUUUGAAAGAAGAUCAUUGCAGUUAUAUACGCAACUUAUGCAGUUGCGAAAAGAAAGCCUGAAAAAUAAUUCAGCCUUGUACGGGAUUUGAACCCAUGACCUCUGCGAUACCGGUGCAGCGAUCUACCAAUUAAGCUAACAUUAGCCAACUGGGAGUAGGUCAUUGAAUUGGUUCGUUAUAAACCCGUGAAAGGAUGAUGAUGAAAUUAUGAAUUAUGAAAAUCAUAUAUGUGAACAGCGGAGUGAAGGAUUAUUAAGUGCAGUGCAGCGCUCUACCAGUUUAGCUAAUAAGCCAACAAUUCAUUUCUGUCCACUUAACUGUAACAUGCACUUAAAUGUCUUGUGUUCUUAUAGAGAGAACCUAAUUAAUGCCACUCUCCACCAUCAUUUGGAUGUUAUGGCUGAGUUGGUCCGCCGCGACAAGAACCGGCCAUCAGUUGUUAUGUGGUCUGUAGCAAAUGAACCAGCAUCUUAUUCUUCAAAGGCGACAUCCUACUUCCAGUAAGACUUCACCUAUUGUUAGUAUUAUCAUAAAAACUAAGGCUUGCUGGUCUAAUCCUGGUGUGCAGUUUUGCCUCAUAAGCAUAUCAUUGUUGACAUUGUUCACUCUCUGAUCCUCGCAGUAGCUAGCUUGCAUCUCUUUCAGAAUUUUAAUUGAAUUGGACCCCUUAAGCUCCUUGCAAAUGGAGGCAACCUUGUUGGAUGUUACAUGUUGGGUCCAUUUGCACACCCUGUUGUAUGUUGUUGUGUGUUGUUGGGAGUUGCUGCGUAAAGUUUGAAACCGGUCAAACUUUUAGCCAUGUGUAAACGGAUGCAACAGCUCACGUAGCCUGUUCCAAGUGCUCUCCUCCUCCCUAGCUUUUAUUUUUUUACACUCCUUUUUACUUCACACUGCUCCCCACUAUCUGAAUGCCUGGAACAGGCUACAGCUCACAACAUUGUUGGGGCAACAAUGCUGGGAGUUGUUGCUUUCGUUUGCACGUAGCUUAACCUGUGUAGCAUUCGUCUCAAUUUCCUUUGUUCCUUUACACCCCAUACCCUCACGCUUCUCCUGCCCUUCUCCCACUUUGCUAAAAGUAGACGGAAAUGACGCCUGCUACCCAGCAUAUUGGACAGCUAUGUGUCGCAGCUCUUUUUCAGGCUACAACUCUUUUACUUUGGGGCUAGGUUCCAUUGGUAACAUUUUGCGUUCAUUGUUUUCCCCACCCUAUUCUGCGAGGCCUGCCAAUCAGGCUAUUCGUAGCAACUCUGUAAACUCUUAGCAUCAAAGGAGAUCACAUAGCAGAAUUAGCCAUGUUUUUAGCCUUAAAAUUAACCUCAUUUAAAAACUUUCAAUUUCACAAAAAAGAAUCUGGAAGGGGGUCCUGAUCCUGCAUUCCCCGCUCCUUUUUUCACGAAUAUCCCUCAUACCGCAUCCCGCCUUUUUAUAUCCGCUUUACUGAAUCCUUGUUUUUUGUGUCUAUAGUUUGGUUUGAAAUUCGCAUUUGCUUCUAGAAUAUGUAACAUGACACGUUUGAGUCGUGACGAUUUCUCGAAUUUACGACAGGCACGUUAAAAAACCCGAGUAAAGUGCACAUCAUUCGCCCACGAAUCCUGCUUCUGCGUUUACUUAGCAGUAAAAUCCCGUUUCCUGACAAAUUAUUUUGAGUUUUGCGUUUUCCCGAAUCCUGUACCGUGUUUUGAACAAAUCCCAGACCCCAAAAUUCACUUCCAGUCUUCGCCUAAAGGGAUCUAAAGAGUUUAUGAAACAAUAGGCGUUGCUUUCCUUCAAACUGGUCAUUAUAGUCACCUUUUGCAAGGUCUAACUGUUAACGAAAUCUGAAUCGAGAGAAUUCAAUUAAUUUAACUAGUGCCGCCCCAAAAAAGGAGUCGGGAUUGUCACCUAUAUUGGGUUGUUAUGUCAGACAGUUUGAGUUAUUCAAAUUCAUCGGUAGCACCUUCUGGUACUUCUACCUAAAAUGUUCGUAGAACGUCUUAGCAGAUGAAGACGUGGAAAGAACAAACGAUCACAAGGCCGCGUUUAUUUUCUAGUUCCAAGGAAUGUUCAGCUUAGAUUGACCUUGAGGCUAAUAGAAUUUAAUCUCUGGAACCUCGUUAUCUCUUGAUACUUGUUCACUUUGCUCUUUUCACUUCGAAACAAAGAAUGAUUGAUAACUAUCUUUGAUAAUGUAUGAUAUUUGUACCAUUCUCAUAUCUAAGGGGAACAGUUGCCUCUCGCAAGUUUUAACUUUGUGUAUAUUUAUUCAUUUGGACAGAUCGGUAAUUGAGUUCACGCGAAUCCUGGACGCAACUCGUCCAGUUACAUUUGUGACUUAA